AAGCCUCUCUCUCAUCUCCGUGUCGAUUAUGGUGUGUGAUUCUGACUCAGUUGAUCGUCGUAGUCGUUGCAUGUCUUUCGGAUAGCACAGUACAUACUCCGUCGCAAUGCCGUCUCACUCUACGCCCUACGACAACCUCGGUGAUGUCCAUGCCCACGACUCUGCGGAUGACGGCCUUCCUGGUAUUGAGGACGAUGGCCUGCUGGGAUCGUCUCCUUUAAGGCGAACAACAAGCGCCACCUCACACUCUCUUGCCGGUUCGUAUCGCAGGCCAAGCUUCUUUACAAUGGGUGCUCGAGGAACCGUCGUCCCACACGCUAUAGACCAGGACCGUUUGACGCAACAGGAGUGGGAGCAGGCAGUCGAUGAAGAGAGGGACUUGUUGAUCGACAAUAACGUGCUCGACACGAGCACGGUCUUUCCUCCCGAACACCGGAGCUUGCAACGAAAGAUAAGCGGACUGCUGUCUCAAUCCCUAAGACAACCCCACGGCGAGCCGCCACAGGUGAGCAUGGCUCAUCCAACCGGCCUCCCGGUUGCUCCUGGUGCUAGCGAACGGACAGCUUUGUUGGGCCCCUCAGCAGAAGGUGCCGUGACGUGUCGCAGUGCCGAAGCGAUUGAUAAGACUUGGGAGGAGGCAGUGGAAGCUGGCUUGAUCCAUACUACUUGGAAGCGCGAAGCAAAGGUACUAGCCAAGUACACGGCACCGUUGAUGGUUACAUUCCUUCUUCAAUACUCUCUCACCGUCGCCAGUAUAUUCACGGUCGGCCACUUGGGAAAAAUCCAACUUGGCGCUGUGAGCUUGGCUAGUAUGACUGCUAAUAUCACGGGUUAUGCGAUUUACCAAGGCCUUGCAACCAGUUUGGACACCCUCUGUGCACAAGCGUAUGGUUCGGGGCGAAAGGACUUGGUUGGCCUGCAGAUGCAAAGGAUGAUAUGGUUCCUGUGGACGAUAACAAUCCCGAUUGGAUUUGUGUGGUUCUUUGCAGACAAGAUUCUCAUGGCCAUUGUCCCAGAAAAAGAGGUUGCAAUCUUGGCCGGCCAAUACCUGAAGGUGGUUCUCCUGGGCGCUCCGGGUUACGCCUGUUUUGAGGCCGGAAAGCGCUUCGUUCAAGCUCAAGGUCUUUUCUCAGCAUCGCUCUUCGUCCUUCUUUUUUGUGCACCGCUCAAUGCAUUCAUGAACUGGCUUUUUGUCUGGCAUUUCGAACUUGGCUUUGUCGGUGCCCCUUUGGCUGUCGCUAUCACUGAUAAUCUUCUACCACUCCUUCUUUUCCUUUACGUGUACUUCAUUGGAGGCCGUGAGUGCUGGAAUGGAUUUACCCGCCGAGCUUUUUCCAACUGGGGCCCCAUGGUCCGCCUCGCUCUCCCAGGAUUCCUGAUGGUUGAAGCCGAAGUUCUGGCAUUCGAGUUGCUCACUCUUGCCUCAUCAUAUUUUGGAACCACUGCCCUGGCCGCUCAGUCUGUGCUCGCCACGAUCUCCAGUAUCGCAUUCCAAAUUCCCUUCCCCCUUUCUAUUGCUGGCAGCACACGCAUUGCCAAUCUGAUCGGCGCGACGUUGACGGACGCUGCACGCACCUCCGCCAAGGUUAAUAUGGUGGGUGCUGUGAUCCUCGGUGUGGGCAACAUAACCUUGUUAUCAUCCCUUCGAAAUUAUAUCCCUUUCUUAUUCACUUCUGAUCCUGAAGUUGCCGGUCUUGUUGCCCAGGUUCUCCCUCUCUGCGCGUCAUUCCAGCUUUUUGAUGCCCUCGCCACGAACUGCAACGGUAUUUUGCGUGGUCUCGGCAGGCAGUCGUUUGGCGGUUACGUCCAGCUGUUUUGUUACUAUGGCGUUGCCCUUCCGAUAAGUUUCGGGACCGCCUUUGGACUAGAGUGGCACCUCUGGGGUCUCUGGGGUGGCGUGGCUGUGGGAUUGCUUCUUGUGGGAGUUGUUGAAGGUAUAUAUCUGACCAAGGCCGAUUGGGAACGGUCGGUCGACGAUGCGAGAAAGCGCAACGCCAUGGCGUAAUAGUCCCGAUUUGGGUCUUUAUGGAUAUCGUCACUUACAUAAAAGUUUAAUUUUGGAUAACUAGCAAUUACUGUUUGAUACCAGGACUGCACGGAUGGGUGGUAUUUUGUCUUACAACAUCCCCGUUGUUAUUACUGGAUAGACUUGGCUUGUUGUGGCAUGACGUUGCGACUGUUUUGUCUUUCCUGAAUACCUGUUUCUUGUUAAUAAUUCUUUCAUUGUCUAUGAAGUACCGGCUUACGAUAAUGUAUAU